GAAGUCUCCUGGUUCAGGUCGGUCCUUCACUUGUGAAAGAAACUUCAGUGCCGGACACGGGCGCGCAUUCCGCUUCACGUGCGCAAUUUACAGAGUUUUCCCACAUUUAGCACGCACGCGUGCGCCACUGUUCUCUCGUGCACCCGCAGUUUCCCGGUCCUCUAGUCUUUUUUACGCGCCGCGCGCGCGCGCGCGGGUCUGAUCGGGAGGAGCAACGGGACGGAGGCGCGAUGGAGCCGCGCCGUUAGGACCUGAGAGCUGCUCCAUCCCCGCCUCGGAGGCCAUGGGCUGCGGCUUGCGGAAACUGGAGGAGCCGGAGGACAGCAGCCCCGGGAAGAUCUACUCCACCCUGAGGAGGCCGCUGGUGGAGACCCGCACGGAGAGCGCCUACGACUACGUCCUGCUGGACUUCAGCCUGGAAGGAAGCCGUCCUACAGUCCAGUGGGUGUCCUCGCUGUUGGAGCUCCCCCAGGCGCUGCAGCCCUACUACACCCAGGGCUUCGUGCUGGCCGCCCUGCACCCCAUCAUCCUGUCGGUGGGCCGGACGCGCUCGCUGCCCUUCAGCCUGCUGUACCGCACCAUCCUGGUCCGCCCCAGAACCAGAAAAGAGGUGGCGCCCGUGUCUCACAGCGUGCCAACGCUGCGGGCGGAGGAGUGGCCCCUGCCUGGAGACUCGCUGACGGGGGACACCGUGCGAGCGCUCAUCGACAGGGUCAACAGCAGCGCCCGCGGCGGCGUUCGCUUUGUUGGCUCUGUCCUCCAGCAGGUCAGUGGGAUCAGCCAGAAACAGGGCCACCGCUCGCCCCCGCAGACCCCCCCCUCAGACAGAGAGCUGGAGGACACCUUCCGUCCAGACCUGAAGCUGCUGGUCUUCUUCCACUCCUGGGAUCCAGGCUGUGCCUCUCUGGACUCUGUGUGCUGCCAGUACCACCAGGGGGCGCUGUCCAUGCGCGUUUCCAAGAAGGGCCACGUGGUCAGCGGCCUGGAGGCGGACUGGCUGGAGCUGACGGCCAUCUACUACGGCAGAGGCUGGUCGCUGGUGGACUCCUUCGUGUACUGGGACACGCUGAAAGGUGAGCCGGUCCCCCGGUCUCUGGAGGGUCUGUUUGUGUACGAGGAGAGGAGCUCGUCUGCCUCUGCCAAGGACGCCGUCGUGGUGGAGCAGUGGACGGUCAUUGAGGGCUCCAGCGUGAAGACAGAUUACGGCCCCCUCCUGCACACCCUGGCAGAGUUUGGCUGGCUGCUCACCUGUGUGCUGCCCACGCCCCUCGUCCGCCAUGACAGUGAGGGGAACCUGGCCACCAAGCAGGUGGUGUUCCUGCAGCGGCCCACCAGAAAGCCAGCAGCUGCUCCCCCCAGGAAGCAGGUCGUGCACGCUGACGUGAUGAGCGCCGCGGCCGCAGGCUCCUCCCCCACAGUCAGCCUGUCGCCGCCUGCAGGAGGCAGUGGGGGUUUCCCGGCGUUUGGGGGGGGCUAUCCCAGCUCCAUGCCCCAGAUGGAGGAGGGGGGCUUCGAUCAAGAGGAAGGGAAGGUGGAGGUCACGUGCAUGUGAGCAGGGGGGCGGAGCUUCUCUAUUCGGGCCUGGAUGUGGCAGCAGAGCACCAUGAACCCCCACUUCCUGUUAAGCUAACGGCUUCCUAAGAGUCACACUUGGAAGCGUCCUGGACCGCCUCCUCCUCCCAGGAUGCAUCAUGGUCCUUCAUGAAACCCUCUGCACCGCUUAAUAGACGUUAAUUCCUGGACUCACGCUAGUUUGUAAAGGUUCCACUCCUUCAGAAUAAAAGCUGCUGCUCUCAGGCG